CCACUGUUCAACGCCGAUACCACGCUACGAUGGGCCCUCAAACUGGCAAACACAAAGCAUCCUCCGAUCUCUCGAAAGCAUGGCCCGUCGGAUGUUUACUGCCGAGGAUGCUUACAGCGCAAUAAAGGCCGCUGAUGUAGGUGGCCCCUCGAAGAAGAGACGUAGCGUUGGCGACAGCCCCCCACUCUCAAGCGCAGCAAGCUCAGUCUCGUCGACGGAUUUCACCAACCUUAGUGGCGCGACCGCCGCGAGCUGCGUUGCGACGCAAUCGCCCUUCUUCACUCCCACAAGCUCUCUCGACAGCAUUCCCGCGGCGUUCAGCGACGGCAAGGAGGACAUCACGAUGUUGAUAAACGAAAGUACCGAGCCGACGCCCUCCGCGACCCUGAGGACCGGCGGCGUACGUCCGCCCUCUCCUAUGACAAUCUCACUUGAUGGAGUUGUUAAUCCUCUCGAGAAGACCAAAGUUUAUAACCACACUAUGAACGGUCCUGCCUCCGCCCCUCCGUCGUCGCACGUCGAUCAUGUCGCUUGUCCAAGCUGCGGCAAGGUCAUCACCGACAGCGCGACCAUGGCCAGAAUUGCCUCUCUCGCCGGUCCUCCCGUCAGCUCCCCCAUGGUCAUCCCGCCCGGUCCCCUCGCUGCUGCCGCUUUCGAAUCUGGUAUGAGUGCUGUCGAGGAACUGCGCCUCCUAAAGGCCCAGGUCCAAGACGUCGCCAAGGUCUGCAACGCCGUCGCCAGGGGCGAUUUGUCGCAGAAGAUUACGGUACCCGUCCAAGGCCCUGUCAUGAUCCAACUCAAGGAUGUUAUCAAUACCAUGGUGGAGAAACUAGGUCAAUUCGCUCGUGAGGUCACCCGUGUCAGUAUCGAGGUCGGUACCGAAGGUAAAUUGGGCGGUCAGGCACUCGUUCUGGAUGUCGAAGGCACGUGGCGAGAAUUGACAAACGUCGUCAACAACUUGGCCGGAAAUUUGACAAUGCAAGUGCGGUCUAUCGCUAUGGUCACGAAAGCGGUCGCUUUGGGAGACUUGUCCAGGCAAAUCGAUGUCGACGCCCGCGGUGAAAUUCUCGAACUCAAGGAAACGGUCAACGCCAUGGUUAUUCGUCUCAGAACAUUAGCUGCCGAAGUCACUCGUGUCACGAUGGAGGUCGGCUCUCGCGGUAAUUUGGGUGGUCAGGUCCAGGUCCCGAACGUCCAAGGUGUCUGGUUGGAACUAACACGCAACGUCAAUCGUAUGUGUUCGAGCUUGACGGACCAAGUGCGGUCUAUCGCAAUGGUCACCACGGCUGUCGCAAAGGGUGAUUUGACGCAGAAGAUCGAUAUCGAGGUCGAGGGUGAGAUGCUUACUUUGAAGGAGACGGUCAACAAGAUGGUGGACCAGCUGAGCGGAUUCGCUUCCGAGGUCACGCGUGUAGCGCAGGAGGUCGGUACGCAAGGUAUUUUGGGUGGUCAGGCCGUCGUUCAGGGUGCGGAGGGUACUUGGGAUCACUUGACGCGGAAUGUCAACCGUAUGGCCCGCAAUUUGACGGACCAGGUGCGCUCGAUCUCAGAGGUCACGAAGGCCGUCGCCCGCGGCGAUUUGUCGAAGAUGGUCCAGGUCGAUGUCCAGGGAGAGAUGUUGGAGUUGAAGACGACCGUCAACCAGAUGGUGUCUCGUUUGUCUACGCUCGCACGAGAGGUUACUCGAGUAUCUUUGGAAGUUGGAACGGAAGGUAUCAUGGGUGGCCAGGCCUACGUACCCGAUGUCGAGGGCAUGUGGAAGGGCUUGUUGGACAACGUCAACCUGAUGGCCAUGAACUUGACGAACCAGGUGCGAUCUAUUGCCGAAGUCACGAAAGCCGUCGCCGGCGGCGACUUGACGAAGCGGAUCACGGUCGACGUGCGUGGGGAGAUGUUGGAUUUGAAGGAUACUGUCAACGGCAUGACGGAGUCUUUGAGCGUCUUCGCCGACGAGGUCACGCGAGUCGCCAAGGAGGUCGGUACCGACGGAAAGUUGGGUGGUCAGGCUCGUGUCACGAACGUCUCCGGUACCUGGAAAGAUUUGACGGACAACGUUAACGUCAUGGCUGCUAACUUGACGGUGCAAGUGAGAACGAUCGCUAUUGCCACAACUGCUGUCGCCCGCGGUGACUUGACGCAGAAGGUCACUGGCGUCAGUGUCUCUGGAGAGAUGCUUGACUUAGUCAACACCAUCAACCGCAUGAUUGAUCAGUUGGCCAUCUUCGCUGCCGAAGUCAAGAAGGUAGCCCGCGAGGUCGGUACCGAGGGUAAGCUUGGUGGACAGGCCGAGCCAGGCAACUUAGAGGGCAUGUGGCAAGAGAUCACAAUGUCUGUAAACACGAUGGCGAACAACUUGACAACGCAAGUGCGUGGCUUCGCACAGAUCUCUGCGGCGGCAACGGACGGCGACUUCAGUCGGUUCAUCACGGUCGAGGCGAGCGGUGAAAUGGACUCAUUGAAGACGCACAUCAAUCAAAUGUUAUUCAAUUUGCGUGACAGCAUCCAGAAGAACACCGCCGCCAGGGAGGCUGCCGAGUUGGCGAACAGGUCCAAGUCCGAGUUCUUGGCGAACAUGUCUCACGAGAUCAGGACGCCGAUGAACGGUAUCAUCGGUAUGACGGAGCUAACGCUGGACAGCGACUUAACCCGCUCGCAACGUGAAAGCUUGGUCUUAGUCCACAGCUUGGCACGUUCAUUAUUAUUGAUCAUCGACGACAUCUUGGAUAUCUCGAAGAUCGAAGCUGGUCGGAUGACCAUGGAACAAGUGCCCUACUCACUUCGCCAGACUGUCUUCGGCAUACUCAAGACAUUAGUCGUCCGGGCAUCGCAGAACGAGCUGCUGCUGACGUACGACGUCGAUCCCGCCAUCCCUGACCAGUUAAUCGGCGAUCCCUUGCGUCUGCGCCAGGUCAUCACGAAUCUGGUCGGAAACGCUAUCAAGUUCACGCCGUCUAAGGUUUCCUCCAAGGGUCUCAUUGCCCUCAGCUGUCGACUACUCGCUCUCGAUGACUUGAAUGUCAUCCUCGAAUUCUGCGUGUCUGACACGGGUAUUGGAAUCGCCAAGGACAAGUUGACGGUGAUUUUCGACACCUUCUGCCAGGCAGAUGGUUCGACGACGCGAGAAUACGGUGGAACCGGCUUGGGCUUAUCCAUCUCGAAGCGCCUCGUCGCCCUCAUGCACGGUAACAUGUGGGUCGAGUCGGAGGUCAGCCAGGGCUCGCGUUUCUUCUUCACAGUCACGUCGCAAAUCAGCCCAAUGACACUCGAGAGCUCGCGCCACAAGCUUGAGCUCUUUUCAAAACGCAACAUUCUGUACAUGAACAGCCGACGUCAAGAGGCCGGUCUCGAGGAGCACAUCAAGGCGCUCGGCCUCAAGCUGACCGUCGCGAACAGCGCGAAGGAGGUCGCCGAAAAGGGUAACUGCCCGCAUAUCGACACAAUCGUUGUCGACUCGAUGCAGGUCACGGAACAGAUACGUGAGCAUGAGCACCUGCGCUACAUACCGCUCAUCCUGCUCUCGCCCGAGAUGGACCCGAUCCUGAAUUUGAAAUGGUGCCUGGAUAACAGUAUAUCUGGCCAGGUCACGACACCCGUCAAGCUCCCCGAUCUCGUGUCGGCGUUGGUCGCUGCGCUGGAGUCGAACAAUGUCACGACGGUGGCGACAGAGAACAACAUCACCUACCGGAUCCUGAUCGCGGAAGACAACAUGGUCAACCAGAAGUUAGCGAUCAAGAUGCUAGAGAAGUACAGCCAUACGGUCGACAUCGCCGAGAACGGCCAGACUGCGGUCGACAGCUAUGUCUCGCGCUACGAGGCCGGCGAGCCAUACGAUGUUGUUCUCAUGGAUCUAUCCAUGCCCCUCAUGGGCGGUAUGGAGGCUACGCAGCACAUUCGGAGAUACGAAUCCCAGAGGAGCCUCACCCAUGUCCCUAUCAUCGCAUUAACUGCCCACGCCAUGAUUGGCGACAGGGAACGCUGCUUGCAGGCCGGUAUGGACGACCAUAUUACCAAGCCGCUGCGGCGAAACGACUUGAUAAAUACGAUGAACAAGCUCAUUGUCGAACGCAGGCACUCGAGUCAGCGGAAGUCGCAGAAGACUGCUCUCGAAAAGGACACGAUGGAGCGUCUCGAUACAUGGAUGUCGACACACCGCUUGCACGGGCGGCUGGUCGAGUGAGACGUCCGCUGAGUUUCGUCGUAUCGGGAGCUCGGCCCUUUUGUCUCUGAUCUGUCUUUACCUUCCCUGUCACUCUGCAUUGUUCGCUGUUCCUCAUGUGUAUCAUUAACGUCUACUCAGCAGACUGCAUCAUGCCAUUCCUUCCUGUCUUUUCAUGUUUAUUGUCUCGUCUCAUUGUAUUUCAGUUACUCAGUCUCGAUCUUUCCACAUCUUGCAGCAUUAAAUGUGCCUACCAGAGGUCUAUUAACCCUCAAGUACUGAUACCUACAAAUCGAACUUUCAUUCUUUU